UCCGGUACUAGCCUGACCUUUUACCUUACCAGAUAUCCAUAGUAGACGCAAAAAAAGAAGAAAUCUUUAUUUACAGAGCGAAAGUGGUGAAUUUCUCAUUUUAUAUAUUUGAGUGAUUUAAUCAAAUGGUGUUGAGGUGCUGAGAUUCUGAAAAAAAAAGCUUCCUCUCGCUCGCAACAAGAACAGCUUUUGCUCGAUCCAGCGGCGUUGUCGUUUACUAUCCACUGGCCAUGGCAGAGCCAUCUUCGUCUUUGUCGUCAUCCAAGGACGAGCUGAUUCAGCUCAUCAAGCGUCUAGGAACUUAUCUCGCCCUCAAGAUGUCAAAUCCUUUCUCGAUCUCGUUACACAAACUGGAUCCACGAUCUGUUGGGGCUAUUGCAGGGCUUGCUGUUGCAAUUAUCUUUACCUAUAGAUUGAUGAGGUCACCUGCAGCACCCCCAAGAAGGCUACCAAAACGUCAAAACCCAUCAACUAGUAGCUCUUCUCUCAAUACCCAGUCAAAUGCAACAUUGACGCGAUCUGGAGUUUGUUCACCUUCAGAGGAUUUAAGAGCACAAAAUGUUGCUGAUGAAUUCUUCCAGCCAGUAAAGCCAACACUAGGGCAAAUAAUUAGGCAGAAACUAAGUGAAGGUAGAAAGGUAACAUGCCGUCUGGUUGGAGUUAUCCUUGAGGAAAGCAGUCCAGAGGAGCUGCAGAAACAAGCAACAGUGAGGUCCUCUGUGUUGGAUGUGCUAUUGGAGAUAACCAAAUUUUGCGAUCUUUAUCUCAUGGAGAGAGUUAUUGAUGAUGGAAGUGAAAAAAAUGUGCUUCUGGCCUUGGAAAAUGCUGGAAUUUUCACCUCUGGUGGUUUGGUUAAGGACAAGGUUCUCUUUUGCAGCACAGAAAAUGGACGGUCAUCUUUUGUUCGGCAACUAGAACCGGAUUGGCAUAUUGACACAAAUCCCGAAAUACUUUCUCAGUUAGCUAGGUUCAUCAAAUAUCAACUCCAUAUUUCUCCUGUCAGAUCUGAAAGGACUGCAGCAAAUGUCUUCAGCUCUCCAUCCUUGGAGUACUUCUUCGGAUGCGCUUGACUGUCUUGAACUGGUAAAAAGAUGCAAAUAUGUUUUAAAGUUGUUGUUCACUACCCUUUGGUCCCUUUUCCGUUACAGCCCGUCCCGAUGUUUUCUUUUUCUAGGCACCCUUGUGCCGAUAUGUCGAGUCUUUUAGGAAAACAUUUGUGAAAUAGGGUUCAACAUUCGAACUUGUUAUCAAUUAAUGUUUGUAAUCUUGAUAGCCGAAGGAUAUGCAAUGCAAUCUUAAAGAAUAAAUUUGUUGCUUCA